UCAUGGGAAUAUUAUCAUUAUCCUAUGUCACACCACAUACCUCGGUAUGCUGCCGUGCAUAUACAGCCGAACCUUCGGACUCAUUCCUAAUAAAUCUCAAAAUCAUUAUCAUCGACAACAGUUAUUGUAUUUUUUCCAUAUAAGAGCACUACUAUAAGAGUCGGACAAUGUAGAGUCCGAGACACCAAAUGACUUGGCUCAAUGGGGCCAUAUACGUGCCCAUGGUACACGGCUUAUAGCUAAUUCGAGGAACCAACGAUGGAAAAUUGCGUUCUUUGUUUCUUUCCUUGCCAACAUACUCACGGUAUUCAACUCGAUAUACGCUCUCAAUUCGGAUGUGGAGAUCUCGAAUAACUUCCCUCCCCAAGGUCAAAUGAUAUACAUUCCCUCCGAAGCAGCAAUAGACUACGAGCUGGUCAAGUAUCACUUGGGGAUCGGACAUGAUAUCGAGAUUUACGAAAAGCCUCCUUCUCCGGAGGUCGAUGCAGCUUGGGUAGAAUUGACGAAGUCUUCAAUUGCUAGAGUACCACAGUCCGUAGCACAGAAGCUCCCGAAUGAGACUUGGCCAGUCCCAGGUACGGCAGAUGCACCAGAGUACAUUGUAAGUCCAGACGUUUUUCAUGCACUGCAUUGUCUGGACCUUCUACGAAUGAAAUUAUACCCCGAUCAUUACAGCUCUAAAUUCCCACUGGACCAGAAAGGUCAUGCCGAGCAUUGUGUAGGCCACAUCCGACAAUCAUUAAUGUGUUUCGGGGACAUGACCACGAAUGUCUAUCAAUACUCCAAGAAUCAUGGGUACGCUUUUUUGAGGACGGAUGUAGCGCAUACAUGUAGAGAUUUCGAAAAGUUGAAGAGUUGGACUCAAGAUAAUUGGUUGGAUUUGAAGGAUGAGAUGUUGUCAUUGGAUAUUGAAGGAAAUCCGAUUUAAAAAUUAGGGAUUGUGGAUGAAACUGAUGCACGUUGGCUAAAAUAUGUAUACAUUUAGAAUCUGGAUAGAGGGCGAUGGUAUAUGCUAGCUAUGUCGAUAGAGCUAUUCCUCAUCUGGAUAGCUCAAUGAAGAUGUUUGUGGUGGUAACCCACACUUGUUCAAUAACUAGAAAAGAUAGCGACAUUCAUUAUGAGCUUGAUUUUUCC